AAUUCGCUUUAAAACACUCCAGAUGUAUUUAUGAAUUACUUGUUCAAAGAGAAAUAAAAUUACUGAAAAAAAUUCAUAGAGACACAUGGUGGCGCUGCAGGAUAGGAUGAAAACUGCUUCUACGACACUGUGGGCUCCAUUAUUCAGGGGAACAGAAAACAUCUAACCGACAGAGAAGAGAGCUUCACCUACAGAACGUAACCUUCCAGGAGUUUCCAACUUAAAAAAAUAUCAGAGCUUCAGCUUGCAAAUUAGAGCGGAACUUAAAUUUUUCCACAAAAGAGGUUUCCUGAAAGAACCAUGGAGACCAGAGAAGCAUUCGUUCUAUGGAAAAGGCAAGUCCUGAUUCUCUUUGUUUUGCUGGGAUUGUCUCAGGCGGGUCCUGAGUUAGUGCGCUAUUCUGUAGCAGAGGAAACAGAAAUUGGCUAUUUUGUGGCCAAUUUGGCAAGGGAUCUGGGGCUUGAGGUGGAGGAGCUCUCCUCACGGGAGGCCAGGGUAGUAUCUGAUGAUAAUGAAAAGCAUUUGCACCUCGAUUUGCUAACUGGGGAUUUGCUCCUAAGUGGGAAAUUGGACCGGGAAGAGCUGUGUGGCUCCAAGGAGCCCUGUGUGCUACAUUUUCAGAUGGUACUGGAAAACCCUUUACAGUUUUUUCGGGCUGAGCUGCAUAUCAAAGAUAUAAAUGAUCACUCCCCUACGUUUCUUGACAAGGAAAUACUUAUUAAAAUAUCAGAAAGUACCACUACUGGAACCACAUUCCAAAUGGAGAGUGCCCAAGAUUUGGAUGUAGGAAGCAAUGGUCUCCAAAACUACACAAUUGUCCCUAAUUCUCAUUUCUACAUAAAAAUUCGAGACAAUGAAGAUGGAAAGAUAUACCCAGAACUGGUCCUGCACAGAGCAUUAGAUCAUGAGGAGGAGCCUGAGCUCAGAUUAACACUUGUAGCACUGGAUGGUGGAUCCCCACCCAGGUCUGGGACAACUUUGGUUCUCAUCAAAGUCUUGGACAUCAAUGACAAUGCCCCAGAGUUUCCUCAGAGACUCUAUGAGGUGCAGGUCCUGGAGGACACACCUGUUGGCUCUUGGAUUAUCACCACCUCUGCUAAGGAUUUGGAUGCAGGAAAUUAUGGGAAAAUAUCUUACACAUUUGUGCAUGCAGCAGAAGAUAUUCGUAAAACAUUUGAAAUCAAUCCAGUAUCUGGGGAAGUUCAUUUGAGAUUACGCCUGGAUUUUGAAGUAAUACAGUCCUACACGAUAAAAAUUCAGGCAACAGAUGGUGGGGGUCUUUCGGAAGAAUGCACUCUUCUGGUUACAGUAAUAGAUAUAAAUGACAAUCCACCAGAAGUGAUCAUGUCAUCAAUUACAAAAAUAAUUCCAGAGAACGCCUCAGAGACCCUUGUGGCUCUUUUUAGUGUCCGAGACCAAGAUGCUGGUGAAAAUGGAAGGAUCGUUUGCUCUAUUCAAGAUGACCUCCCUUUUUUUCUGAAACCGACCUUCAAGAACUUUUACACUCUAGUUUCAGAAAAAGCACUAGACAGAGAGGAAAAAGCUGAGUACAACAUCACCAUCACCGUCACAGACAUGGGGACUCCCAGGCUGAAAACCCAGCACAACAUAACAGUGCUGGUGUCCGACGUCAACGACAACGCCCCCGCCUUCACCCAGGCCUCCUACACCCUGCGGGUCCGCGAGAACAACAGCCCCGCCCUGCACAUCGGCACCGUCAGCGCCACAGACACAGACGCCGGCGCCAACGCCCAGGUCACCUACUCGCUGCUGCCGCCCGCCGACCCGCACGUGCCCCUGGCCUCCCUCGUGUCCAUCAACGCCGACAACGGCCACCUGUUCGCCCUGCGGUCCCUGGACUACGAGGCCCUGCGCGCCUUCGAGUUCCGCGUGGGCGCCGCCGACCGCGGCUCGCCGCCGCUGAGCAGCCAGGCGCUGGUGCGCGUGCUCGUGGAGGACGACAACGACAACGCGCCCUUCGUGCUGUACCCGCUGCAGAACACCUCGGCGCCCUGCACCGAGCUGCUGCCCAGGGCGGCCGAGCCGGGCUACCUGGUGACCAAGGUGGUGGCGGUGGACGGCGACGCGGGCCAGAACGCCUGGCUGUCGUACCAGCUGCUCAAGGCCACGGAGCCCGGGCUGUUCGGCGUGUGGGCGCACAACGGCGAGGUGCGCACGGCCAGGCCGCUGAGCGAGCGCGACGCGGCCAGGCACAGGCUGCUGGUGCUGGUCAAGGACAAUGGCGAGCCGCCGCUGUCGGCCAGCGUCACGCUGCACGUGCUGCUGGUGGACGGCUUCUCGCAGCCCCACCUGCCGCCCCCGGAAGCGGAAGCGGAAGCGGAGGCGGCGGCCGCGGCGCCGGCCGACCCGCUCACCGUCUACCUGGUGGUGGCCUUGGCGUCCGUGUCGUCGCUCUUCCUCUUCUCGGUGCUGGUGUUCGUGGCGGUGCGGCUGUGCGGGCGGGGCGGGGCUGCGCGGGCGGGUCGCUGCUCGGUGCCCGAGGGCCCCUUCCCGGGCCACCUGGUGGACGUCAGCGGCACCGGCACCCUGUCCCACAGCUACCAGUACCAGGUGCGUCUGAGAGGAGAUUCAGGGACCAGCGAGUUCAAGUUCCUGAAGCCAAUUAUCCCUAACCCUGCAGCCCAAGACACCGGUAGGCAUACAGGGGAAAAAGAGAACUUUAGGAUUAGCUUUGGAUUCAAUGAUAAAUAAAAUAAUUUAUUUUGAACUUACAAUCUUUGUUAUUGGCAAACUGCAGAUCUUUUUUGUCAAUCUGUAAUAGGUCUUAGGUUGUACUGUAGUUGCAUAUAUUAUCAUUUCUCAUGUUCCCUCACAGUUGCUUUAACAAUCUUUAUUGGUUGCUAUAAUGACACGGGGAAAUCACCUAUCUUCUACGUUUUCACUUAUUUGGUCAAAAUAUUAUAUUAAUAGGGGUAUUACUAAUAUUUGUGUGAUUUUUUGGCGGCAUUGUUAUGCAAAACGAUGUUAUUAUUUGGAGGUACAAACUGAAGUAGUAAGAGGGAAUGCCACAGUAUGUGUAAUUCACUUAUAGACAUUUCAUCAAAGCAUAGAUAAAGCAAAAUUAAAAAUGCUGUUGAAUCUGGGUGUAAAGUAUAUUGGAUUUUUUGCAUUCUUUUUUUAUUGAAUUAUAGUCAGUUUACAAUGAUGUGUCAGUUUCUGGUGUACAGCAUAAUGUUUCUACCAUAUAUAUACACAUAUGUAAGUUUAAAGUAUAAUGGAUUUUAUUGCACUAUUACCUUUAAAAAUUUUCAUCAUAAAAGAUAAAAGUGCUACCUCUCCAUAUUCAGUAGUAGGGUAACUUAUUUGCUUUUUGUUACAUAAUGGUUUUCAAGAAUUCACUUUAUGACAAAAUAAAAGUGACCCCAUUGAAAAUUA